AUGGCGCGCCUUGUGCUGCUCGCAGUCGCCCUCGGCGCCUGCCGCGCCGACGAGCAGGAGACGCCGCCAGACUGGGCCGUCGGGCCGAAUUGGCGCCACCUGGUCGACUGCGCGGACUGGGGGGACGACUGCACGGCGAGCCAGUGCUGCAAGCGCCCUGGGACGCAGUGCUACGGGAAGAACGAGUGGUAUAGCUCGUGCGUCGUGGAGUGCGCCCCCGGCAGCACCCCGGACGGGGAGGAGUGGACCUGCGAGGAGCUCGGGGAGCGCACGCCGACGAAGGCCCCCGAGGCCUCCAAGGCCUCCAAGACCAGGGGCUCGAAGGCCUCCAAGGCCUCCGUGGACGCCAAAGGCUCCAAGAUCACGAACGCCUCUAACGCCUCCAAGGGCUCCAAGACCACGAACGCCUCUAACGCCUCCAAGGCCGCGAAGGGCUCGAAGGCCUCCAAGGCCUCCAUGAACGCCAAAGGCUCCAAGACCACGAACGCCUCUAACGCCUCCAAGGGCUCCAAGACCACGAACGCCUCUAACGCCUCCAAGGGCUCCACGACCACGAACGCCUCCAAGGUAUCCGAGGACUCAAACGAGACCACCACAGCGCCGCCGCGCACGUUUACCACGACAAAGACGCCGCCGGCCACCACCGCGAAGGCGCCGACGUCGGCGCCGCCGGCCACCACCACCACGGCGUCGCCAGCCACGCCGGCGCCGUCGCCGGCCCCCACGUCGGGGUCGUCAGCUCCUACGGCGGCCCCGUCGGCGGCUCCCACGGCGGCCCCGCCGCCUGCCCCCACCGCGGCCUCCGCCGGCGGCGUGGAGAGUCUCAGCGGGGCCGAGCCGUCGAAGAGGAAGGCCACCUCGACCGGCGGCGGAGCGGCGACGACCACGGCCGCCGCCGCCAUGACCUCGACCACCGACGAGGUCAACAGCACUACCGCUCGCGCCGAGGGGUGCGACGCGUGCACUGCGCUGGAGCGCACCGCACCAGACGUGGUCAUCCCGUUCUGGGAGCACGACCUGUGCAAGCUCGGCUACACCGUCGAGUCCAUCGCGCGGCACGACCCCAACCACGUCCUCGGGACGGUGAUCCUGAUGUGGGUGUCACAGCAGCCGAUCGCCAUCUUCCAGGAGGCGAUCGACAAGCUGAAAGCCUCCCUCGACGGCUCCCACGAGGUGAAGAUCGUCGACUUCUCCCCGCAGGUGAACCAGGGCCACGUCGGCGGGUGGCUGGCACAGCAGGUCUUCAAGCUGAAGGCGGCAUCGCUGGUGGAGUCGGACUUCUACGUGGUGCUGGACGCCAAGAACACGCUGAUCCGGGACCUGGAGCCAGACGCCUUCUUCACGCCUUGCAACCAGGGCAAGAUAUACGGCGAGUUCGAGCCCGACCAGAUCCCGGAGCCGCACGCCGAGUGGUACCAGGCAUCUGCGGCGGCGCUCGGCGUGCAGCCGCCCGGGUCGUCGGGCGGCCCCGAGCAGCGCUGGCCGACGUCCAUCACGCCGAUGGUGAUCCACCGCAGCACUGUGCUCGACCUCCUGGACUUCAUCCACGAGGACAGGAGCACCGACAACCUGUGCGGCGGGCCGCUUUGCGAGAUGCUGGGCGCCCGCUCCGAGGACGGCAAGGGGGCUACCGAGUUCACUCUGUUCGUCCUCUUUGCGCGGACGAGGAUAAACAUCAGCUGCGACAUGGCGGUGGAGGAGACCUCGAAAGAGGCGCCCAUGGCCCUGUCCCUGUGGCGCGGGCUGGAUCCGGACCAGAUGGACGUCAACCUCCGGAGCUGCAAGAGCGUCGCUUCUGGUGAAGUUAGGCCGUGGAUGUUCGGCUCGCAGACGGCGGCCUUGGAGGCGUUGACGGCCGAGCAGUUCGAGGUCGCCCAAGCACACAUCGUCGACAUCUACACUGCCGCUGGGCUGCACGACGUCAACAAGACGUCCACGGACGCGCUGAUGCGAUGCGUGGCCGGCGACGUCGAGGGCGUGGCCGGCCCCAUCGAGGACAUCGAGGGCGGUGGCGACGAGCCCGUUGACGAGGACGGCAGCGAGGAGCAGCCAGAGGAGCAGAGAGAGACGCCUGGGGCGAGUGGCUUCUGCUGUGCGGACGCGCAGGACGCCGCAGACAUCUGCGGCACGUGCUGGCCCGGGGCGACCAUGCACUCGGACAGCUACUGCGGCACCUCGCAGGAUCACUGCUCGAGCUGCAGGGGCACGUGGUGCGGAGAGGAGGAGGCCGAGGAGGCCGAGGAGGCCGAGGAGGAGCCGCCGAGCGAGGAGGAGGCGCAGCAGCUGAAGGUUCUGGCCUCUUGCGAGGAGUUCAAGUGCAAGGGCUGGGACCGGGCGAGUCCCUGCGCGUGCACCGCGCUGUGCGAGCAGGUAUGCGACGACGAGUUGCUCGAGAUCAGGAUGCAGAAGAAGUUCUCCGCGAGCGCGCCGCCCCGCCCCGCCCACGGGGCGCUCAGCUGGGCCAGCGCCGCCCUCCCGCCCGUCCUGCUCGCCGCGCUCGCGGCCACGGCCGUCCUGGCUCGGCGCGCCGGCGGCGCGCGCGAGGCCCGCCGCUGGGCGCCAGCGCGGUGGCUCGCUGGGGGCCCGCCGGUGGCCGAGCGCGAGGCGCUGGUGCCCCCGGAGGAGGGCCCAGCCUGCUCGGCGUGA